AUUGUUGUUUUGAUGGUGCUGGUGGCUGUUUUGGGUGUAAAUAAUUUAUUUUCCUUUCCUUUCGCAAAACAGCUUAGUGCUUUACUGGUGCCAGUUCCCUGUUCCUACCUCGAAUAAUCCUUACCAUGUCGAAGAUUUACCAUGGCGUCGUAAACGCGGCUGAUAAAUUUGUUCCCAACGCGCUGCGGCCACUCUGGAACCAUGCGGCAGGACCGAAGACCGUUUUCUUCUGGGCACCCGUGUUCAAAUGGGGUUUGGUUGUAGCCGGAUUGAGUGACCUUCGUCGUCCCGCAGACCAGCUGUCAAUUUCGCAGUCUGCCUCACUGGCAGCGACCGGAAUCAUUUGGUCCCGGUACUCAUUGGUUAUCAUUCCCAAAAAUUGGGGCCUCUUCUCGGUGAACGUGUUUGUGGCCGGUACGCAAAUACUGCAACUGUAUCGUGCCUGGGACUUUUCGCGCAAGGCACCGAAAGCUGCUGCAUAAAUUAAUUUUGCCAAUCAGCCGUACCUCUCAACUCUCGAUGUAAAAAGCGAACAACGCAGUCUUUGUAAAAUACUGCAAAUUUUGUAACCUCCCUUCCGCUUGAACUGUACAGUGCAAACUUGUUGUAAAUGAUAUUAGAAGGUGUACAGUAUAAAUAAAUGCACAAAAGAUAAAACGAUUGUAAAUGGAA